AUGCCAUCUACGACCUCCUCCACGACUUCUACGUCUUCUACGACUUCGCCUGGGACGACAUCCUCGCAGUCUUCGAGUGCCAGUAUUCCCUCCAGCAGUGGGGACGAGCGAGCAGAUGGGACACUGGAAUCUGUGGAGGACGAAGUGGCCAUGAUGCAGACUGGGGCGACGGGCCGUGCCAGGGAUGGUGACGAUGAUGAGGCUCACAGACAUGACCAUUCUGGCGAUGAAGAUGAGCAGGGAUCCAAUGCCACCAUUCGGGAUGACCAAGAACAGCCACCGGCUCAGAGUUUCCAACUCACCGCUGAUGAACGAGAUGAGCUCAUGGAACUGGGGUGGGACAGUGGUGUCGUCGAUGACCUCCGGGAGUUUCUACUGUACCUCGAGGAUAUCCGUGAAAGAGCUGGGGUGGAAGCUGUGUCCUGGGCGUUGGGACAGUGGGCACACUCGCUCAUUCUGUCGGAGGCGACCCUUGACCUCGUACAUGACAUCCUCUUCCGUCGUGUCGGGGGUGAAAAUGAACAGCGGUCGGAAGACCUUGGGAUGAGAGGUAGACUUUGCGUGGGCUUCGCCGGCUUCCAGAAGGUGCUCGGGGCGUUCCACCUUCAACUGGUCCAACGGCUCCUCCAAGACGUGUGGCUCCAGGCGGCAGAUGUGGGAGACCCCCCGUAUCUUCCUGCACCUGGGAUGAUGAUCGCUCAGAACACGAACACGGUCGCCUUGGCUUUAGAAACCGCGAGAUCCAGGGCGAGAGCGAUGGUGGAACGAGCGCGUCAACGACAACGGGGCGGUGGACACAAUCUAGCCGCUCAUGCAGACGCUGAUGCUGGGGAUGUUCCCACACAAGGUGCAAGAGGAAGCGGUGACCGGGCUCCCACCAACGACAACGAGGACGUCAGCGCUGAAGGGGAUGCAACGAUCAUGAUGCAACUUACGCCUGCUGAGGAGAACGAGCUUGACGAGUUAGGGGUGUGCGACGAGCUACGUGGAGCACUUCGUGAACUUCUGCGCGGGUUGGAACAGCAAGAACAACGAGACGUUGGUGCAGAGUACAGAUGGGGUGUGCAGCAAGUCCUGGACGCUGCCUCCAGUGCACACAUCGUCGCCCAAGGGAUGGAGCGGAUCUUGGGGGCGAGAGUUCGUCCUAGCGCGGUGAUGUGCAGCUACCCCAGCCAGCGUGUUCCACCCUAUGGGGCGCUACGCUCGAGGGUCGCAUCAUGGAUGAGCGAGUUCCAGUUCCUCGUGGUGAAGUCGUUCGAGAAGGAACUUGAGAUGGUGUUGGGCACUCCAGGGCCACUCGGGAGGCUCCACGUGGCAGCAGGUCGCGCUCACGCUCAACAAGACGCCCCGGGGCUGCAGCCACUCAACGGGGUGAACGUCCUCCUGCCGCAGAACCCGCAGAAAAUGUCGUACUUCCUGCUGUACCACAGCCUUCGGUUCUACCUGUUCGUGCUGCACUACCUCCUGGAGAACCGGCUGUCAGUCAAGCCUCCUCUUCUGGGGGUGAUCGUCCUUCGCUGCCUCUGCCGCCUACUGUGGGAAGAGAUGGUGGCCAUGCGCCUGUCGACCCUCGUGCUGAAGACGUUCCUCCUGUUGCUGCUGCCGACGCUGGACUACAAGUACGAGCUGCUCUACCUGCCCCCGCUCUUCCUCCUGUACCUGGGGAGCCUCCGCGUACCGAACAGGAUCCCGCUGGGCUACAAGUACGUGCUGCUCUACCUGACCCCGCUCUUCCUCCUGUUCCUGGGGUUAGACAUCUGCGGGCCCUGCAUUUACUACACUUGGCUGCUCCUGGAUCCCUGGUCAGCUUACGGCAGCCAGUCCCGCAGCCAGGUUGCCGACCGCUUCCGUCGAGCAUUCUCGGAGGUUUCUGCCAGUUUGCACAGUCCGAGAAUCUGCAUCUCGCUCACAGAAGUCAGCGUGGAGCCCUCGCAGUGGAUAGCCUCCGAGAAGGACCGUGCCUUCUACCACGAUCCGCUUUUCGUUUCCCAUGCGCAGCAUGUACAGACGGUGAAGGCCUACUUCGACUUCUGCGAAAGGAACGGCAGCCUUCUGCAGCGUGCAGUCGUUAGGCAGCCAAGCCACCUCAGCGUCGAGGCAUCCGACCUCCAGCGCCAGCUGGAGAAGUUGGCUGCAAAGCAGAGGGAGGAAGAGGUUGCGCGACUGCAGUCGGAGUUGGACAACAUCACGGACGAGGCGAACCGCCACAUCGAGUCACGCAACAGCCAAAUCAUCAAGUUGAAGGCCGAAUGGCAGCGGCUCUUGGAAGUGGAGGAGCCAACCCUCGAAGCGCAACGACUCGAGGCCCUGGAGCGUUUGCAAGCUGCGAGGAAGCAAUCGGUGGAACUCCAGCAGCAAGCUGAAGGGACCGACGCAGAGAUGAAGAAGCUCCGUGCUGCGGUGCAGACGCUGCGCGAGGAGAAGGCCGCGCUCAUGACGGAGGUGCAGGAGAUCUACCGAGCGCACAACACUGGCACAGCCCCGCGCGUUCCUGCUGCGAAGGCGGAGAUGCGCCUGCUGCCGGAUCCCAAAGAGAUACUUGGGGCCUCCGAGAUGUGCGAUCCGGCCCCUUUGACCGUGGCCCCUUUUGGAUCGGCUCCAACUGUAGCUUGGCGGAUGGCCAAGUUCCUUGCAAACGACUGUCUGACGGCAGAGCUCUGCGACGGCGCAAGCUGCGAAGACGAAGAGUGGGCUGCAGAGUCGAGCUUCAUCCAGCAGAACCUUCAGAUCGUUCACCGGGAGGAGGUCUUGCAGUCAGUGACGGAGCCAGCGACGGAGCACAGUGUGGAUGACACCAUCCUUGUUCCGGCAUCAGCAUCUGUGGAUGUGGAUGGCUUUGGCUCCAGGGUGGCGAAGUUUCCCUUCUGGGUGAUCACCUCCCUUCUGACCGCGAUCUCGCUGUUGGUUCUCCAUGAAUUCUUCGUGUCACAAGGCAUGAAGCCCCUCCUUGCGCGAAACCUCUUUGUGCAAGAUCUUCUAUGUCAGAUCCUGGGACUGUUGAUGUCAAUGUGGGUUUUCUUGCAGAUGUCAAUGAUGAUUCCUCUGUCGCUGGAUUUCGCCCUCUCACUGGGACAUGGGGGCACGGCUUCCGGUUUCUAUUUGAGUGCCGGUGUUCUUAUGGGCCUCCUCGGCAUCGGUGUGGGGAAAGCUCUUGUGGACGAAGCACGGUGGAAGCAAUCCUUUGCCCGGAGGCUGGCGCUGGGAUCACACGUUCUGACGGCAGCCGUAAACCUUGCGCUGGCAGUCUUCAUCAACACAACGGUGGAAAGCAAGCAAGUCCACCUGGUCUGGUGGACCUGCAUCCUCCUCGGCCAGGUCUCUAUGUUCACCAUGUGCUUGCCCGCCGUUCCCAUCAUGAUCUUCUGGAGCAAGAUCACGCCACCGGAGAAUCGCACCUUCUGGAUGACCCUCGGACAGUGCUCCCGGAAUAUGGGCCUGGUGCUGGGUCCUUUGGUCUACUCCGUCGCCCGAGCAGCGAUCUCUGGAGAGGCGGCCGAUGGAGAGCGCGUCUCGCCGCGGAGCAUGAUGGCAUGGGUCCACUUGGUUCUGGUGUGGGUUUCCAUGGCUAUGGCUACCUUUACGGCCAUCAUCGUCCCAACGCAGCUGCCAGAGAGGAAGCCGUUUGCUGCUCAGGCAGCUGCUCGCCCACCCCCGGCCGGUGCUGAGCAGAGACCAGAGGACCUGGACGAUGAGAAGCGGCAGACCAUGGUCUGGCACCAAGUUGGCUAUUCCCUGGAGCGGCCCUUUACGCUGGCGGCGGUGGAAGUAUCGACCCUGAUGAUGCUGGAGGUAUUCUACGGCUGGGAUCCCUACUUCAGCGGCAUCUGUUUUACUGCGAUCUGCUCACUGGGCAUCGCCGUUGCUCUGGCUGCGCUCAUCCUCGUACAGGCCGGCUACAUCAAGGAGUCCUCCCUGUUCUUUGUUGCGACCUGCUCAGCCAUCGUGGGCUGCAGCUUUCUUUUCGACGAAGGCCAUGCCAAGGCCUGGACGCUUCUGCUGGCCGAGGCGAUUAUUUACACAGGCGGGACAGUGGCCAUUGGCAUUUCACAGGGCUGGGCCGCGCGUGCUGCCAAGGAAGGCUCCAACUUCGGUCAGGCAGACUACCAGAUGUGGAACAUGGUCGCUGUCACAGCCGGACGUUUCAUGGGCCCGAUCAUUGGCCGCUUGGCGGUCCACUUGGGCGGCCGCAACGUGUAUGCUUGCAUGCAGCUGCUGCUGUGCUGCCUGGGAACGAGGUCGGUGUACAAAUCCUGCAAGCUGGUCUGGUCUGCCAGCGACGGCAAGCACCAGAUGCCGCGGGAAGUCGGGAAAGCGAACUGCGCCUUGACAGUAUCUGGCAAGGGUAGCCUGUUUGCACCGGAGGACUCGCCCAACAUCUCAUCCCUGGCUUGA